UUGAAUAGAGUUGCACUUGAAAAAUAUCUAUAUUAUUUCUAAAAUAUUUGAUCGCCAGAAACUAACUACUUGCGACAAUUGAACUACUGGCACUGUCAGAGUUUGCGUCCUGUGACCUGUGAUGUAGACAACACCGAAUACUGACAUUGUGAUGAUACAUUCUUGGCAUAGCAAAACUUAAAUUUAAUAUCAAAAUAAUGUUAUUAACAACGUGCAACGUUAAACUUUAAAAGUUAUGGGACUAACCAAAAUUACAGUAGGAGUUUUAUUAUCGAUGGUGUUGCUUGCCAUCUUUUUCGCUCAUAUUGUUAAUGUAUUAAGCACUUCGCCACUUCCAAAUGACGAUAUCCCAAAAGAAAACUUUAUUAGCUUUACAGACUCCUCCGAUAAUUUAUUAUGGUUUUUGCAAAUUUCAGAUAUUCAUAUUAGUUUAUUUAGAGACCCAAUGAGAAUUACAGAAUUUAGGGAAUUUUGUCACUUAACAAUAAAUGCUAUUAAACCAAGUGUUGUAUUAGCUUCAGGAGACUUAACUGAUGCUAAAACUAAGGAUUCAAUUGGAUCUGAACAGUUGGAGGGAGAAUGGAAGCACUAUAGAGAUAUUUUAGAUGAAAGCAAUAUUAAAAAGAGGACAUUAUGGCUUGAUAUAAGAGGAAAUCAUGAUAAUUUUAAUGUGGGUAGCCCUUUAUCAAAACAGAAUUACUUUACAAAUUACUCUAUUCAGGGUAAGGAACAUCCCAGAUCCUAUAGAUAUCAAAUUAAGAAGAGAAACAAUGUUUACACUUUUAUAGGAAUUGAUGCUUGUUUAGAGCCUGGUCCAAGAAGACCGUUCAACUUUAUUGGGCACCUAGAUGAUCUCGAAGUAAAAGAAUUGCACUCUCUAAUAUUGCAAACAGAAUCUGGUCCUAAUAAUUAUACAGUAUUUUUCGGGCAUUUUCCAACGUCAUGCAUCUUGUCACCUGGCAACGAUAAUGUGAGAGACAUUAUUGGAAGACACAAACCAGGCUUGGUCUACGUUUGUGGACAUUUACACAAGCUCGGCGGUUUGAUACCGAAUAUGUAUACACUACAGCAGGCUGGUUUUUUAGAAUUAGAACUGGGAGACUGGAAGGAUAACAGGGUAUACCGUUUGUUAGCUAUUGACCAUGGUUUUUUAUCGUUUAUUGACAUACAGCACAGGCAUUGGCCUGUCGUUCUAGUGACUAAUCCAAAAGAUGCUCUAUUUUUCAAUCCAUCUAAGGAAAAUUUGGAUGUUAUAAAAAAUUCGACUCAUAUAAGAAUACUUGCGUUUUCUUUGUCAACUAUAGAUUAUAUAAGAGUGAAAUUAGAUAGCGAAAAUUGGGAAUAUUGUAAAAGAGUGAAAGGGCCUUUGUUUGUUACACCAUGGAAUCCUAGAAAAUUUUUACAUGGUCUUCACAGGCUAGAGAUUUAUGUGAGGGAUGUGGAAGGUAGGGAAAAAUAUGAAACUCAGUUAUUUGCUCUGGAUGGAACAAAACUAUCUUUUGGGAUAUUACCAAAAAUCGCUCUGAUGUCAAACGCGAGCAUAUUGUUCCAAACUAUGUUCUUUGUAACGUUAUCUCUCUCCAUAGUGCCCCUUUUCGUCAUUAGAUAUCUGCAUAGAUUGGUAGCAGGUGGUCAGAUGGUAAAACCGAAAUUGAGGCAAUCAUGUUGUUACUCGCUCUUGCAGAAAAUAUGGAUUCUGUGUACAGUUGAUAGAAUAUUCUGGCCUAUUGUCCUUUACCCGUUGUACUUAGCUGUAGGUCCUUGGACUAUAGGAUAUUUAGUGGAGAACCACCUUGGAGCUGUGUUUGCAUGGGGAAUAUUUGUAAAUAACACUUUUUUGCCAGGAGCCUUUACCUACGCCUACGGAUUUUUACAACUGAUUACAUUCCAAAUACCGAUAACAUUCAUUAUGGCGAAGAUGGUUCAUUUUAGGUUUCAAGAGAUAACCAUAAAAACCGGAAAAGGAUUGUCUUUUAAAAACAAAAUAUUUUUCCAUUUGCCAUUUUCCAUUGUAUUUGUAAUGCAAGUUAUCAUGGCCUAUCUAUUUUGGCUCGCAUAUGGUACUCUGGCCUUCAUAUUAGGACCAUUAAGAACAUGGUCUCUAAUUUUAGCAGCCGUAUUGUAUUGGCAAUCAUUGAACCUUCCAGAAAAGUGCACGAGAAAAGCUUCUGAAAUUUGGUAUGUUUCAUCGUCAGGCUCUAAUGUUACUCAGGAGAACGUGGAUCGCUCUGCAAUAGAAAAGAGCAACUGAAUAUUCUUAUAAACCAUAUUUGAUAUUUCAGUAUGACUGAUUUAAUUCUAUAGAUAUUAUUUAUUUUUUCUAUUCAAUUCUUCCUAUGUGAUUUAAACUCAAAGACGAACUUAUUUUUACGUGUAAAUAAAAAUAUAUAUUACCAAAUAUGUAAGCUUUAUU